CCAUCGACUACGCCAUCAACGUCACAAAAACACCAUAAUCGCUCAACAUCACAAACAUCCAUACGAAGACCAUAAACACCUUUAUACUACUAAAGAAUAGAAUCCAUCGUCGACGCCGCUGCCUACCAACCCUCCAAGAUCUAAAGGAUGUUAUCCUCAUUUUCAAGGGCGAAUCAACAGUGAACUGCCCUAAUGUCGGAAACGGAAGAAAUUCAAUCUGCAGCUGAUAGUGAAUCCAGUGACGCUGAGAGUUCACGACCUGACGAAGAUGAUACAGAGAAAGCAGAUGUUGCCACACCAGAACCAGAAAGUACUCCAACGCCGAAGAACGAGGAUCCUGUGCCCAGUAGCGUCGUAGCAGCAGAGAGCGGAAGUCCUGCGAACCCAUCACAGUCGUCAUGCCCUGAACGAGGGAAGGCUGGUGAGUGCAAUUUGUUGCCCGUAUUAGUAGAGAGACUACGUUCGGCCUUGGAGCUGUCGUGUUCGAGUCAAAGCAGCGAGGAGCCAAUUCCACCAGAAGAUUCCGGACUGGAAUCUGAGGAGGAUCUAAGGAUGUGGGCGUCCGGUCUUAGUCCGGAACGUAGUCCUCGUCAAUUGGAUUUGAAGUUUCUUGAAGAUCUUCUACUCUCUGAUCUGCAAACAGCGCUUAGUCGUCUACAGGACACACUUAAAAGGGUCGACGCUUCAACACUCAUAAAAUACAGUUCUACAUUGGAUCCUGGCAACAAGUUACACCUUUUGCGACUCAUCAGCAAUCUACUAAGCAAAUUGAAGAUUCCUGAGGAAGUGAAGCAAGUGACGCCUGCUAAAGUUACGCCUAACAAAAGAAGAAGAACGGAUAGACAUACUAUAGGCGUAACGAGCGAGGAACUUGCCAGGGCUAGAAAGUGGCUCGAGGAAAAGAAUCUUAAUGAACCGAUAAUUAAUAAGGUUGAAAAUAAUGAACCUGUCCACGAUGCCAGUACUCAUCAGAAGGAAGUUAAUAAAGUUAAUAAUAAAGUUAAUGUGGAACCUGUGAUGAUUACGUCAGUGCCACCGCCAGUUAUUCCACCAGUGAUAGAACCCUCGAAGAAUAACCCAAUUGUGAAGCCCUCAAGUCCUCAAGAAGAGAUUCCUAUUCCUAAUUUUUAUGUGCAGCCUGCGCCUAGCAGCAGAUAUAACAAGUUCCUGGAGAAGAAAACAAAGAUCAAACGUGCCAACACUAUUGAUAUUCCAAAUUAUAUGAAGUUACAAGCUGAGAAUGGCAUGGCUUUGAAGAGACCAAUUAAUAUCGGUGAUAAGACUCCUAGUGGAGCAAAUAUUGUGCCUAAUUUUCAAGCCAGGACUGAAAGUGAUAAAAAGUUUUUGGCUCUUUUCAAUAAGAACAACGAUCCGGGCACAGUGAACACAGGAUUGCCUUUUCGUAGCUUCAAUAAUUCAGCAGCUGAUAGAAAUUGGAACAGCAGGUUCUCCAAUAUUAAAACUGCUUUUGAUAAGCACGACGAUGGGAAUGUGAAGAGUCCGGGCAUUAAGAGAAACGAAAAUCCUUUUGGAUUUAGGAAAAGCGGAUCCAGGGACCCAGAAGAUUAUUCCGUAUUAAAAAAUAAAUUCCAAAAUGGAUUUACUGGAACUCAGAAUCAAACAGUAGCAAAAAAUAAAUUUGUACAUGAAACUAAGGAGCCUCAAACUUAUGCAGGACCAAAAAAUCAAUUUUUAUCCGGCAACAAAACAGUAGAGAAUCAAUUUGGCGUCAAAAGGCAAUUUUUACCAAAUAGUGGAAAUUCAGAAAACCAUCUAGGAUCAAGGAUUCAAUUCCCACCGAUGUCCAAACAGCCAGAAAAUCAUAAAGAACCAAAAUAUCAAUAUCUACCGAAAUCCGUAAAUUCUGAAGCGUACUCAGGAAUCAAAAAUAAAUUCACGGCAGGAUCUCAAAAUCAAGAGAGCCAUCAAGUAUACAAAAAUAAAUUUCACCAAGAUUUGAGGAACCACAAUGACCAUGUGGGAACUCAAAAUUCGGAACCCAACGACACAGAGGAUCAAGAAGGCGUAGUAGUUGGUUCUUUACGACUUCCUUUUAAUCCGGGAAAGCAAAUAUCAACUGGAUUUACACACGCUCCAACGUCGCCCUUUCAAAAAAUUGAGAAACCUAAUAGGAACGACCCCCCUUCGUUUCCAAAGCCAAAUUACUUGCCAAAAUCUGGAAGUUUGCUGCAAGCAAAAGUGAAAAUGUUCGACCAAGAGAAACAAGAUCAACCAAAUUAUCCGAAGUACAAACCUAAACCCAAUAAGAUUCCUGAAAAUGUUUAUCAGAUCGGAAAAUCCGAAAAAAUUACUGAUCAUGGCACAUUUAAUUAUAAUUCGUUCUGCAAGCAAUUUGUACCAAACAAAAAUGAAUCAAAAUUGGGAAAUAACGCCUACCCGCAAUCCGUGGUUAGUGCAGCUACAACGAAACUAAUAAUGCAUAUUGAUAAAAAUAAACCAAAGUGUCCUACUGUGACGACUCCGGAUACACCAAAGCAGAAUCCAUUCAAAGAUCUACGAAGAAAAUCCAUUGAUACGGAACAUGUACCUCCUUCUGAUUCUGGAGAGAAUUAUUCUUUACGCAUAGGACCUGUUCAUAAUAUUAUUAAUGAAUCAAAGGUUAAUUAUUUGAAUAAGACUCACCAACCAAUAUUUUUGAAAAUACAAAAUGCUCAAGAUGACCAAGAGACUCGUGGCGGAGAAAACAAAAUAUUGAAUGGUGUACAAAGUUACAAUGGAAACAGACUUUUGUACAGUGAUGCAACAACAGCGAAGGACCAUCAGAGCAACAACUAUCAAUUUGCAAAAAAUUAUCAACAAGCACCAACAAGCACAAGUAUGGGUUAUUCAAGACAGAAUAGUUCUGAAAAACAUAAUUAUAAUGGAAAGCAAAGUGUUCCUGAGCGACAAAAAUACAAUGAAAUUGCGAAUUACCCUGAAAAGCAGAUUUACGAUAACGCAAUACAAAGUUUCCCUGACAGACAAAAACAAAGUCAAACAUACAGUGUACAAAGUUACUCAAAGAAACCAAAUCAGUGCUGCGGUCAUCCAAAUUAUGCAGGAAAAGAAAGUCAACCUGAUAGAAGAGCAUUCGAGAAACAACAGAUUUAUGGAACACAAAACAUUGUUGAAAAAGAAAAUCAAAAUUAUUCAAGCCUUCCUGAAAAGCAACAUCAAAGCUAUACUGCUCCGACCAUUUCACAAAGUGGAAAUCAACCUUAUGUGCCACAAACUUAUCCCUCACUGAAAUAUCCUGAGAAACAAAUUUCAAAUAAUCCACAACAAACUCCAAAUUUGCAUUACAGUGAAAAAACGAAACAAGACCAGGAUUCUGCACAUUAUACUACACCAGUAGAAAAUGAACGCAAAGCUUCCAUAGUCCCACAUGAUCUUCAAGAACAAAGUUAUCAGCCUGUACCUAUAUUGCCAGAAACUACCCAAGAAUUUUUAGAUGAUGAAAAUAUACAAAACCAGGAUAUUAGCUCAGAAGGAGUUGUAACUCGAUACACAUGUGCCAUAGCAACAGUAGCCUCAGUGCCAGAAAGUCCUGACGAAGGACCUGAACAAUCUUAUUCGAUACCAAAAGAAAAGAAGCUAGAUGAAAUCCAAAGACAUAAUUUGUUACAGCAAGAAUUAAUUAAAAAAGUUCAAGAAUCUGAACAAAUUCAAUUAAAUCCCUCCAUGGCAUCAAAAAUAGUGUAUCCUACCAGACCAACAGAUUUACCAAAAUCAGAAUAUCCAAGUAAAGCCUUUGAAAUACCAAAACCAGAAUAUCCUGGUAAUAGAGCUUACGAAGUAUCUAAACCAGAGUAUCCUUAUGAUUUACCAAAGUCAGAUUAUUGUGAAAAAAAUUAUAGCAUUAAACCUGAACCAAUUUCUGGUAGAAACGGACAAGAAUCAAACAGUUCAGGAAGAAUAAGAUUAGAGAUCGACUCCAGUAACACUGGAAAGAUUAAACAAGAAUUUGACUAUCAAAAUGUAGGAAGAAUUCGACAAGACUCUAACAGUCCUCGAAGAUUUAGUCAAGGUUCAACGAGUUCAGGAAAAAUAAAGUACGAACCAGAAUUUCCAAACUCCCAUUCACCAAGUCCAGUUAGAAGUAAACCAGAACCAGUGAUCGAGAAUAACAACACCCAGGAGAAGAUCAGUCUCUUUGAAGAGAGAUCAUCAGCAACACAGCAUUUCAAACCAGUAACAGUACCAAAAUCCCUGCCAAAAGUAAACGUAGUGACACCAUCACAAAUAGUAAAAAUCACAAGGAAUUCAAGUCCAAUAGAUACCAGUGACGAAUACCUGAUGUCCUGUUCGACAAAACCAUCUCGAUCAAUAGUUUUAUCAAAAUCAGAAUCCUGGCACCAGUUGGCUGUGGCGAGAUCGAAUGUCCAUUCGACGUCAACAUCGCCGACGAAACCGCCAAAACCCAGAUCGCCAUCCUUAAGAUUAAACAAGCAAUAUGAAGCUUCUAGCUCGUCGGAUACUGUAAAAAAAAUGGAAGAAAGAAUUCAACGAUAUUUCGAAAGUCCAACGAAUCAAGAACCAAAGAGAGAAUCGAAAUCUAAGAGGCACUUCUCCUCGAAGAAGACCUACUCGGGAUUAGCUAGAAGUAGAACAAUGCCUCACAUUGGCGAGGAUGGAAAAUUUGAUGACGGAGAUGUUGACAGGGUCUUUGACAGCCUCUUCAGAGAAGCAACCGGUGCCGAUUCUCCAUAUUAAUUGUUCCUAGUUAAAGACAAUCAUAUUACUUAAUUAAUUCAGUGACUCCGACGAAACUCUUCUGUGUCGUGUCCGAUGUGUGUUUCCGAAGCCCUGGGAUUGCGAGAGGCGGACCUUCUACUUCUUCUACUUCUUCCUACUCUUCUUCUUGUUUUCUUUUGGCAGCCCCGAACGCACGCCAAAGAAGCCCAUGUCGCCAUUUGCUAAAUUUCGCCAACUCGAUCGACAGAACAGCGCUCCCCGUUCGCCAAGGUAUUGCGCCAUUAUUACU